AUGCUUGCAAAAACAUGUGAAACGAUUGGCCUUCCGGAUACGUCAAAUCGAAAAUUGCUAAAAGACGAGAAAAUAAAAGAAGGACAUAGUCCAAAUAAUUCAUCAAACGAGCCAAAAAAAGACGACUUAAGUCCAUUAUCGAAAAAGAAAGAAGAACCGAAAAGUCCACACCACAGGAGUCAUAGUCCUUUAUUGGGAAAAAAGACGCCUGUAUCAUCCGAACCAUCAACAAGCACAGCUUCUCUGCAGCCAUUAUUAAUGAAUGGUCGCUAUCCUAUGUUUUCAUCAUUUGCCACCGGUUUUCCACCAUUUUAUCCACCAGUGAUGCCAACUUUUCCUACUUUGCCCGCAUUCACAGGAGCAUUUCCAACUGGUGCACCUUUUUUACGAUGUCCAGAUCCGAUAACAUGUAAAGGUUGCCCUGCAACAAUGAUGUCACGACAGUGCGUCACACCUGGUUGUACAAGUUGCACUCUGCAUAAUCCUGGUUCGUCGUCGGUUGACAUGAUGAUGUUUUCUCCAUCUUUAUUUUCUGCUUACAGUCCUUUAAUGGCCGCACCUCUUCCACCAACUUCUAAACAUUUAAUAAUAGGGAUGAUCCGAGAAAAAAAAAGCGAAAUUUUUAGUUCAUCAGUGCAAAUAGCUUAUCAAAAUAUGAUGGCUGCUGCAUCAGGUCAAACAACAAAACACAUUUGCAAUUGGAUCGAAUCCAAUAGCAUUUGUGGAAAAUCUUUUCCAUCAGCUGAUGAAUUGGCUACUCAUAUGAAGUGCACACACGCGACUUCAAGCACUCCAUCAAAUAUAACGGUGGACACUAAAUCAGCAUCACCCCGAUCAUCAACAACUUCAGUGAUGAACCAUAAUUCUUUAAGGUUCCAUCCAUAUAUGAAACCGAAUAAUUUAUUGCCGAACGCAAUAUCUAGCCCACUUGGCCUUCCGUCUUUUCCAACAUUACCUAGCUUCCCCUCACCCGCUGCUUUUCAAGCGAUGUAUCGACAAGGUAUGAUGGCAACAAUGCCUCAUCACUGA